AUGUUGAUUGAUCUGUGUGUAUUAAAGAUUUUAUGGUUGUUAUGGUUAUCGGGGGGUUACUCUGCAUUAGACUGUGAAUGGUCAAGGGGCGCUGCCACUCGCAAUAUCAUUGCCUCACUAGGCCAUGCCAUCACUGAAUCACCAGAUACUCACUGUACCUACUCACUCAUUGCAUCCUCGGCGCAAUACAUUUAA